GAGGGGGGGGGAGGAGCCAGGGAUGGCUGACGUCACAGGCAGUGCUAGGAAGUAUAGGCUGUGUUGUCAGCCCAGUGUCAGUCUGAUGAAGAUUGGCAUUCAGGUGCUGCUUUUGAACAAGAAAAACAAAGACGUGCAAUUGGUCAAAAGAGACCACUUCAAGAAGCUUGGAUACGGAAAACUCAGUUGAGGAACGCCUGACCGUAAGUGAUACAGACGAGAGACCCUUGGUUCCUGUUUCACAGGUGUGGGAGACACUGUGCAGCCCAGAGUCAGUGGAACUGCAGCCCCAAUACACAGCUCUAGAUGUGAAGCUAUCCCAUGAUGCAACAUGUGUCCCCAGCACCAGCACUGACAAUGAUGGCCACACAGAGCGUCCCUCCCCCAUCGUACCAGGAGAGCCAACAGAUGACAGGCACCACUCAGCAGACCUCCAAGUCCCAGCCGGUCCAUAUCCCAGCAUCCUCGGCAGCAGGGACGACCCCCGUCAGUGUGACCCUUGACCCCCAGGCACAGCUGGAGUCGGACAAGCGUGCGGUGUACAGGCACCCCCUGUUCCCACUGCUGGCUCUGCUCUUUGAGAAGUGUGAGCAAGCCACGCAGGGCUCCGAGUGCAUCACCUCGGCCAGCUUCGACGUGGACAUUGAGAACUUCGUCCACCAGCAGGAGCAAGAACACAAGCCCUUCUUCAGUGAGGACCCCGAACUGGACAAUCUGAUGGUGAAGGCGAUCCAGGUGCUGCGUAUCCACCUGCUGGAGCUGGAGAAGGUGAACGAGCUCUGCAAGGACUUCUGUAACCGCUACAUCACCUGCCUCAAGACCAAGAUGCACAGCGACAACCUGCUGAGGAGCGACCUGUCAGGACCCUACUCCCCGACGCACACCACCCUCAGCCUGCAGCAGGACAUGCACCAGAGCUCGACCCCCUCCAUGACGACCAUCUCCAGUGCGCUGAAUCCCUCGGGAAUCAUUGUACCGGCGAGCGCGCUGCAGCAGGGCAGUGUCGCCAUGACGACCAUCAACUCCUCACAGGUGGUGUCAGGUGGGACCCUGUACCAGCCGGUUACUAUGGUGACGUCACAGGGGCAGGUUUUGACCCAAGCCAUCCCCCAGGGAACCAUCCAGAUCCAAAACGCACAGCUGAACCUGGAUCUGUCUUCUCUUCUGGACAGUGAGGAUAAGAAGUCAAAGAACAAGAGAGGAGUCCUCCCCAAACAAGCCACCAACAUCAUGCGAUCAUGGCUCUUCCAGCACCUCAUGCACCCGUACCCCACGGAGGAUGAGAAGAGACAAAUCGCAGGGCAGACCAACCUAACUUUGCUGCAGGUCAACAACUGGUUCAUCAAUGCGAGGCGGCGGAUCCUGCAGCCCAUGCUGGACGCCAGUAACCCUGACCCCGCCCCCAAGGCCAAGAAGAUGAAGUCACAGCACCGGCCCACCCAGCGAUUCUGGCCGGACUCCAUAGUGGCAGGGGUCCUCCAGCCACAAGGGGCGCACUCCGGCAACAACGCCGAUGGUUCUUUGUUGAUGGACAAUCUGCAGCCCCUGUCCUCGGAUUCAGCCACCCUUGCUAUGCAGCAGGCCAUGCUGGGAGGGGGUGGGGAGGAUUCGCUCGACGGCACAGAGGAUGAGGAGGAAGAGGAAGAUGAGGAGGAAGAGGAAGAGGAGAUGGAAGAGGAGGAGGAGGAGGAAGAUGAGGAGGACGAGGAGGGAGGGCAGCGGCUGCACACCACUGACGUGGGAGAGCUGGGCUUGGAGCACAGCGACUCCCUGGAGUGAAAGAGGAGAGAGAGACAGGAGCCAGGGGUCAAGGCUGGGGUCACGCCACCACACUACAACCCUGCUGCAAAACAAUCUUAUCUGGAUGGAUUAAAAAAAAAAAAUCUGGUUUUAAAUGAGAGGAAUUACAAAAAUAAACAUGUAAUAAAAAUCUUAAAAAGGCGACCCUAUGUCUUGGGUUUGGAAGAGAUUUUUCUUUAAAUAAAAGCAAUCAACAAACAUGAUUUCAGACAGGACAUUUCAGCUGAAGUAAAGAACUAGUGCGGUCUGUUUAUUAUUAAAUAGUGUUAUUUUUUAAGACAAAUUGAUUGGUCUAAACAGUGAUGGAUCGUAAUAGCGCCACUGUUUAAAUAUUAAACCAGGACCAGUCGUUUUACUUACUGUUACUAACUAUUGCAGACAAAAAGACACUUCAGACACUCGCGCACUGUUGGAGAUCUCAAAGUCCAUUCCUUUUAAUGAUUUAAACCAUGGCAGUAUUUAAAUUAAAUUGAAAAUACUGUAUAUACAGUACAAGACUUGCAGUCUAGACUUGUUCGUUUUCACACACUACCUUUUAUAUGGGCUAUAGGUGUAUUCAUCUGAAAUUGGUCUGUAUUUUGAUCUCCUGCCUUUUAAUAUGAAUCCAAUUCUAGUUUAUAAAUAAAUACAGAAAAGGAAAGAACAAUUGUGUGCUGCUGGGAGCACAAUUACAUUGUUUUGUAGUGAAUGCAGAACACCAACCUGCCUGAACCCUGAGCUUUUGGCACCUACGCUUUCUUCGAUUUCAUGACAACGGAAAAGGACCUGAACGAUGAUUGAAAAACAUUUUAUUCCACGCCAAAAUCAUCCUACAAAUCAAUGUAGGGUGAUUUUGCUGGGAAGUUUUUUUUUUUUUUUUGUGCUGGAUAAUAAUAAAGAUGUGAAAACAAACAUUGAUGUAACGGAUGGAACUUGAAGCCGGAGGGAGAGGAUGGGAAUGUCAGAGACAAUGUAAAUGUUCUCCCUUUCUACUAGAACGAUCUACAAACUGUGAAGGAGUUUUCUGCCUUUCUUUGCUAAACGGACAAAAGCAUCUGUUUCCGAUGUGCUUAUCGCUUUUCUUUUUUUUUUUUUUUUAAAGACCUGCCAGCUAUAUUCUCCGUUCUUGAAUGUUCAUUGUGAAGUCUGCCUCCCAUUACUGUUUCAUUUCUCUCUGCACUUGCUCUUUUAAUUCUUUUUUUUCGUACACAUUGUUGACAUAAUCUGUUGUGUUUUAAUAGAAUGCAUUUUAAUUAUUAAAAAAAGAAAGAUGAACCUAUUGGUUUAAAACCAGA